AUGCUAAGUGCUGGCUCUCACCCUGACUCACCUGGCCAAGUCCUUGGGGCUGUGUGCCGCAGGCAAACAGAAGGUGGAUUCGAUAUCUGUGAAUGUGUUUGCGCUCAUGAGCAUGAGGUGAGAAGGCUGGUCAAUCUGUUGAGGCAGCCCCAGUCCUACUGCACAGAUGCAGAACGUCUUCAGGAGUUAGCAGGACCUUCUGGUGAUACUGCCAUCAGUAUUACUAUGAGCUUGAUGGCCUGGAGAGUCAUUGCAGUGAUCUUGUUCUUACUGAGACCUCCUAUUCUAAGAGGAUCCAACCUACCUGGGAAGCUGAGUUAUAAUGGAGAAGAUCCACCAACCCCUCCUGUGGACUAA